AUGUUCUUUUCAAAUAUCUAUUUAAACUCACUCACUUUUUUGCCACUUGUGUUGAUCGGAAUUCAUUAUCCAUUCAAAAAGCUGUUGAGUUUUCUUGCCUUUUAUCCACCACCCACUCCAAAGAAUCAAUUUUCUACUUUUCAAAAACUGGUGUUGCGUGAUUCUCAGAGUUCAAAAAGAACCAUUCCGUUUUAUUUCUUAAAGGCUCAUGAUUCAAAGGUAAAAACGACCAUCUUGUUAUCGCAUGGAAAUGGAACGAAUAUUGUAGAGAUGUUGCAAUAUGCUGAAUUUUUGAGAAGGACUUUGAAUGUGAAUGUAUUACACUAUGAAUAUUAUGGAUAUGAUCAAUGGCAAAAACCAUCGGAAGGAGAUGUCUAUGCCAGUGCUGAAGCUGCAUUUGAAUAUUUGGUGAAGGAACAGAACAUUGAUCCAUCCGAUAUCUAUGUUUUUGGAAUUUCGAUUGGUUCAGGUCCUUCUUGUCAUUUAGCAAAAAAGUAUCAAAAUAUUGGUGGACUUAUUUUACAAACACCACUGUUAUCGAUAUUACAAGUUGGAUUGGGAAAGACAUUUAUGAAACCACUGUUGCCAUUGCUACGGCCAUAUGACAUGUUUAAUAAUAAUUAUAAAAUGAACUCUAUUAAGGUUCCAGUUUUGAUUGUGCACGGAACAGAAGACUCCAUCGUUCCAUAUUCACAUGGUGUUGAACUUUUCGAAAGAGCUCAAAAUCAAUUCAAGCUCGUGACAGUCCCCAAUGCUAAUCAUAAUGACAUUUUCAAUUAUUUACAUCCUUCUGACUACAAUCAACAUUUGAUGGAAUUUAUUGAACACACUAAAAAGUACAAUAACAUAGACUCGGCACGUCAUUGA